GCGCCGUAGAAAAUUUCCCCCAACGCGACUCUGCGCACUGGAGCUUUCCAACCUCCGCUCGGCACUUGACCUCACCAACACACCACUUUUCCCGCCCCAACAAACAACACUCGCAGCUACGGCCUACAAACGACACGAUGAUAUGCAGGACGUGUCUCCGUCAAGCGGCCCGCUUGCCGAGCAGGACAUUACCGACAGCUCGAUCCUUCACAACCACGCUACGACCUCUGAAUGCUGCCGCUGCCGCCCCAUCACCAGUCGCUGAUGCACCAGCAGCAGAAGCGCCCGCUGACGCUGUAGCAAACCAAACCAAGAGCCUGUCUUCCUGCCCCAAGGGCACCAUCCUCAAGGGUCUCAACUACUUCAAGGACAAGUCCGACCCCGUCGCGCUGGCCGACGAUGCAUACCCUGCCUGGCUGUGGGACUGCCUCAGCGUGACCAAGAAGGCCGCUGCCGUCGACGCUGAUUCCGGAGCGGAUGAGUUCUCAAAAUCCAAGAAGCAGCGUCGCCUGGCAGCCAAGAAGCAGCGCGCCCUCGAGGCCCAGCUCCUCGCAUCUGGAGACCUGUCAGCCCUGGCUCCCAAGAUCCCUGUGCAGCAGCAAUCCAUCAACCUGCCCAGCGCCGAGGAUGGUUCGGUUGAGUCUGCCGUUGGGGCCGCCGAGACGCGCGAGGCGCUCCGGUCGGCCAUGCGCAAGGAGCGCAAGGCCAAGAUCAGGGAGAACAACUACCUUAGGUCCAUGUGAGGUUGAAACGAUGGCGGUGUUCAUUGGUCCCAAAAGGCUGUUUUUUUUUGCCCUGGAGGUUGCCUGGUUCGUUUUUUCGGGGUGCCACAAUGCCCUUUCUGUACUAUCAUGCAAAAGCCUACUACUGUUGUAUUAUCAUGUCAAUAGAGCAUCCGUAUAUUUGGAGUUCGUGCCUUCUUAACAAGCGCUGAGAUGCUAUGUUUGCUUAUGGGUUUAUGUUUCUUUUUAUUGGUUUUUUUUUGCUGUAUCUUACCAAGGUAUGUAAAGAGGUCAAGCCUCAGUGAAUUCAGUCGCUAUCAUAUCUAGUGUUCACAGCCGUGCCGCCAAAUACAACCAUUUGCU